CUGUUAUCUUACAGUUUAACAGAAUCACAUCAGGAUCUACGCAUUAGCAGUUGUCAGCCACCCGACUCAACAACUGCUUCUCAUAGUGAAUCGGCGGAAAUACGAAUCAGUGAUGUCAUAGAGGAAUAUAUGACUGUGUUAACACAGUGCUUAACAACAGACGAACUUUCACAGUAUGCAUCUUUGAUUGUAAGAUUCCGAAAUGGUUCCUUGCCGAUUAUAGAGUUAGCACAGAAGUCAAGUGAGUUGUAUGGGCGAAAACGACUGCAUUUGCUCACAGGUAUGCGGUGUCUAUUGAAAAACAGAAGCAAAGAAGAAAUAGAAGCUUUUGAUGGUUUUAUUGACAUGUUGCAAUGUAGCAGAGCAAACUCAAAUACUUGA